GUGAAAGUACGAGACGAUCAGUUCCACGGUGAGGGGUCUGAGGACGUUGUUUAAGUGAACCCUCCAUUUCGAAUUCGAUGCCUUUCAAUUCGGUAGUCUCCCACCAAAACAACCCGCCGUUCAUCGUCCACGGAAGAGGCCAAGAAAAUGGAGGUGUUGAGGAAGGCGUACGCGGAUGCGAUACUGAACACGGGGAAGGAGGCAGCUACUCGUAUAAGGGAGUCGGAGCUGAAAGCCAUUCGGUUCCAGCGGGAUCUGCGCUUCGCAAAAGCCGAAGCUAUUAGAAUGCUUCUUCGCAUGAAACGCAUGCUGGAUUCCAAGACUGCUGAAGCCGAGAAUAAGUCUUUGAGUCAGCAAAAGAGGAUUGAGGAGCUUGAAGCUCAGCUUGAUGAAGCAGAAGAGAUAAUAUUAGACCUCAGAGCAGAGUUGACAAUGGUGCAAGAUCGAUUAGAUAUGGCAAAGAAUAACCACAUGUGGCCUCCAAAAGGGCUUGUUGAAAAGCAAGAUGACCAUUGUCACAAAGAUGUGGAGUAUCAGAAACUAGAGAAGUCCAGUCCCAUCUCAUACCAUACAAAGUCAAGCUGUGAUAAUAUUACUUCUGAACUACAGAGUAAAUCUCUGAACGAGAAAAAUAUGGAGCAUGCAGAUUUGAAUAUACCCAAAAAACCUGAGUUGUACAAUAAUGGAUGUAUCCAAAGGGUUUGUGCAUUGGAAAAGAAUUUUCUGGAGGGGGUCUUGGUUUCUGAGGAGGUCAGAGAUCAACACUUUCUCAUGAAGAAUGAGCCAAUCAUCAAUGUGAAUGAACAGAAUACUGAGAUACCCACUGCUACUUCUUCCAGGACUGAGCAGACAGAUCUAGUGAAGAGCCCAACUCAAUUGGAAGAAAAUUUGUGCACUAACAGUUGCAUUUAUGAGGAUCGAAAUUUGACACCUUUGGACAAGAGAAUUAUGGACUGGAAAGUCAGUUAUUCAGCCAAGAAAAGUGCACCCUUAAAGUCCAAUUUGGAGAACUCAGUUGCUCAUGCCUCUAAUUUUUGCUUAGCAACCAGAGGCGAAGAACCUGAGCUGUUUAAAAAUGGAUAUACUUUGAGGGGUUGUGCAUUGGAAAAGGACUUGAUAGAUGGGGAAUUGGCUUCUGAAAUUGUUGAUGCUCAACAGAUUCUCAUGAAGAGCAAGUCAACCACUAAGUUGAAUGAACAAAAUACUGAGAUCCAUACUGCAUCUCAUUCCAAUACUCAUAAUGUAAAUGUAGUGGAGGACCCAACUCCAUUUAAAGACAAAUUGUGUAUUAGCAGUUGCACUUACAUGGAUCAACCUUUAAAAGUCUACAACAUACGGCGUAGGAGAACUGAAUACAAGAAUGCUAAAGCUAUUUCACUCAUUUCUGACCCUAAUCUUGUGAAACCGCAUGGAUCAACUUCAUUGCUUUCUCAGUGCAGAACAUCUUCCUAUACAGAUAAUGAUAAUGCUAAAGCUUGUGAAGGAGCUUGUAGCUUACCUUAUGACAAGUCCGGGUAUAAGGAGGACAUGGAAGAGGAAGUUCAACACAUCAAGGAUCAGGCAAUUUGGGUUGUUCAUAGAAGCCCCGAGAAAGGAAAUAUCAGUGCUAGGGAUGCUGUGGCUAGCUCAUGUUGGCGUCUUCCCAAUCAGCUAUCAGAAGCACACUCAACCUUUUUCCACUGCAAUGCUGAAUCUGUCAACUGCAAUGUGGACUCCUGUGAAUAUCAGACAAAUUCAGAAAGUGGGACUGCAAUUGAAACUGGAGUGGCUCCUAUACCGGAAUCUGCUGAAGUUACUCAUACAGAGGCAGGUAGAGAAUUUACUGGCAAUGAUACAGACAAGGAUGCAGGGUCUGUAGUUGAGUGUUUGUUAGUAAAAGAGGCUGGUGAUGUAGCAGGGAGUCCAAGGGUCCAUAUUUGUAAACCAGCUCAGAUUGAUGAUAAACGAUUGAUGGGUUCCAAGUCCAAUGAUGCAAAAGCAUAUGAAGCUGUUCCUGGAACUUCCAGUCUAGCUGACAGUAGGAGGCCAGUCAUCUACACCUUCAGCAGGAAGCGCAAGAAAGAAACCUUGGUCAACCCCGUGAACACUUUUACUGAAAAUAACAGUAUGGAGAAUAGGACAUUGAGCAGGAGGCUGGUGCUUCAAAACCCCCUCAUUACAAAGAGGGCACUAAGGAGCAGUACGGUGCUUCAAUGCCCCCUAAGUACAGAGAGAGUACUGAGGAGCAGGGUGGGCCUCCAGAGACCCUAAGUGUGGCUCGAUAGAUACAAUCAUCUAGGGGAAGCCAGCUGAUGGUGCAUCUGGUUUGUCAGCUUAUUCCUUAAGCCCAGAAUGGAGCUGGUGAUGGAUAAAGCUUCUUUAUCUCAAGUUCGAUUUUGCAGCUGUGCAAGAUUAUGAGGCUUAAAACUGAAGAGUAGUUUAUUGCCUUGUGAAGUACGUACUGGUCUCUCGCGUUAAGUAAGUACAUAUUUUGUUACCGAUCAGAAAACUAUAGCGGGCGGGGGGUUCUUGUAAUUACUUUUGCCAAACCCUGUCCUCAUGAUGUCUCGCCCUUUUCAGUUUAGAAACUGGUAAUUGCAAUCAAUUUUCUGAUAACGUAAUGGAUCGGUGGAGUAAGUUCCUAGUGA